CUGAUGUCCCGGAAGUUGCUGCUGCUGCUGCUGCUGUGCUGCAGCGCGGGCUGGAUGAACGUCGGGCCUUGGAGAAAGCUGUGAAGGGACAGCAGCAAAGCGACGACAGCGAGGUAAGUGAAGGCCUAGAGAGCGAAGAAGGCUCUGAGGAGGAGCUGGAGGCCCCCAAAACAGCAGGGGAGAAGCUGAAGGCGUUGCGAGCAGCAGCAGCAGCUGCUGCUGCUGGGGAUGAGGCAGCAGCAGAGCUGCCGAACAAAGGCCUUUUUGCUCUUCCCUUUGUGCGAAAAGGAAUGGAAAAGGCCAGGCAAGAAGCAGAAGCACUGCAGCAGAAGAUCCAGCGUAGGAGGCAGCGGCGAGAAGCAGGCAUCCCCAGCAGCAGCAGCAGCAGCAGCGGGAGCGAGGCGGAGGCCGACAUGAGCAGCAGCAGCAGCAGCAGCGAGGCCAGCGAGGCAGAAGACGCAGAAGCAGAAGGCAAUGCUGCUGCAGAGCCAAGCAGUAGCGCAGCAGCAAAGGUGGCAAAACUCUGCGUGGCUGCUGCCAAGCAGGAAAGGAAGCGCAAGAAAGCCGAAGCAGCAGCAGCAGCUGCUGCUGCUGCUGCUCCCACGCCCCCCAAAGUUGACAAGGAGCAGCUGCAGCAAGCGGAGACCCUCGUGGCCUCGCUGCUGGAAGAAGGAGGCAUGGAGGCCCUUAUUGAUGACAGUUUGGGAGCAAAGAAAGCAGCAGCAGCACCAGAUCAGCAGCAGCAGCAGCAGCAAGGAGUGAAGCAGCAGGAAGACAAGGCAGCAGAAGCAGACGGGGAAGAAGAAGACCCGACAAAGUCAACGAAGGCAGCAGUUGCGCUGCUGCAACGCACGUUGAAGCAGCAGCAGGAGGAGCAGAAGCAGCAGCAGCAGAAACGGAAGGAACUGCAGCAGCAGCAGUAUGCAGCUGUGGCAGCAGACAUGCAGGCGGAGGCUGAGGCAAGUCUGAAGCUGCAACAGCAGCAAAAAAGGAAAGAGCAAAAACAGCAGCAGAGCAGCAAUCCGUGGCUGGAGCAGCAAAAAAGCAGCACAAAGGCCAACAAUAAAAAGGGAUCAGCAGCAUCUGCUGCUGCUGCUGCUGCUGCUGCUGAAAAUUCUGGGCCACCGAAGACGCUUCAGGAUGGCCUGCAAGACUUUCUUCAAAGCGUAUCUCCAGUUGCUCCUGUUGCUACAAAGGAAGCAGCAGCAGGGGAGCGCACGAAGCGUAAACUGGAACAGCAAGAUCAGAAUCCGCAGCAGCAGCAGCAGCAGAAGCAGAAGCAGCAGAAGCAGCAGAAGCAGCAGCAAAAGGAGGAGGAGCAGAGCCUGUUGGUGCAGCAGGCAUUUGUAACAGGGGAUGAAGAGCAGCAAUUUUUGGCGGAGGCGGAAGCAGAAGAAAAAGCAGAAGAAGAUUCAACAUUUAUUCCUGAAGGAGAAGGCGCAGCAGCAGCAGCAGCAGCAGAGCUGCCCCCAUCAAAGCGUUCAUCUGUUCCCUCUGGGGCCUCCGUGUCUCCCCCUGCAAAGAAAUCAGCAGCAGCAGCAGCAGCAGAAGCAGCAGCAGCUGACGAUAUAGAGGACGUUUUGGGAGAUGCUGUCUUCACUCCGUCCACAGCAGAGCCAGUGGUACUGCAGCAGUAA